AUGUUGGAGUUCAUCAAAGUCCAUGUUAAACAUGCUUUUGGUUACAUGCAGGAAUUCAUAGAAAGGAAAAAGAAACAAAUUUUAGCAGAUUCCGAUAUCUUAGUAUCAACUAUCAUGCCAAAACUGCUAACGGAAAAAACGUCAUUGAAAAAACAGUACACAGAUGCAAACAAUGAAAUUGAUGUAGUGUUAAAGAAAGCAGAGGAAUUAAAACACAGUAUCCUCGAGAACAUUAACAAUGUUUUUACUAGUUUUCAAAAACGAAUGAAUGUUGAAAAGGACAUUAUACAAUCAAAAUUUCAAAACCAGAAUGUUUCUGUGAAUGAAGCUUAUUCUAAAGCAUCACAGGAGCUUCAGAAAUAUCGUGAUAUAAUUCAUUUGGAUGAUGAAAAGGAUACUUUAAAGAUGAUAUUAAACUUCAAAAAGGAUGACCAGGCAUUCCCCAUCAAUUGCCGUUUUUCCUGUGACUUUCAAAAGAAUAUAAAAUCUCCCAUUGUUGUCCAAGGGAAGUUUCUUAGUCUGGUACAAGAAGUUCAUGAUGGUGAAUUCGGAAACCUUGAGGUUGAUCUCCAUUAUAAUUCUGCAGAAGACACGGUCUCCCAUGAUGGGCCAGGACUGCUAAACAAAGCUUUAGUUAUAAAAACGAUUCAAACGAAGAUCACAAACAUUUUCCGUUUUGUGUGUGAAGGAUCUAAAGUGUGGAUAAACCAGUACACGAAACCAAUAAUUUACCACUUACAUCUAUUGGGUGAUUCCACCGAUGAAAAAGGUAAUAAUGAAAUGAUGUGUCCAGUUCCGCCAAGUGAUAUUACGAUGGUCGACCAUGGAAUAUACUACAGUGGGGAAAGAGAGGGUAUUUUCAGCGUGAAAGAUGGUGUGUCAAAACUGCUUCUAGCAAAACGUGAUUGGUGGACCGAAGGACUCUGUGCAACAAGUACAGGCGGACUUCUGGUUUGUGUAUCCAAUAUGUUUUCAGAGGAGGUUAAGAUUAUCAGAUGUGAUAUGUCGAAAAUAAAAGGGGAAUUGAUAAUAAUUCAAGAAAUUCAGUUUAAUGGAGAGAAACCUUUGUUUCAUUUUGGAGAUUGUGGACACUUUGUUGCAGAGAAUAAAAAUGGAGACGUCGUGUCUCCGAUGGUAAUGCUGAUGCAGUCAUUGUAG